AUGUCUCCUGAGUAUGCUUUAAAUGGUAUUGUAUCAACAAGAAUGGAUGUUUUUAGUUUCGGAGUAUUGAUGCUUGAGAUUAUCAGUGGUAAAAGGAAUUCUAGUAAUUUUGAUUCGGACCAUCCCAUCAAUCUCAUAGGACAUGCAUGGCAGACGUGGAAUAAGGGUGAAGCUUUAGAAUUAAUAGACCCUGUUUUGAAGGGAUCAUGUGUUGAUAACGAAGUGUUAAGAUGCAUUAAUGUCAGCCUUUCAUGUGUGCAAGAUCAAGCGGAUGAUAGACCAACUAUGUCAAAUGUUGUAUCUUUCCUAUCAAGUGAGUCUAUUCUGCUAGCUGAACCGAAGCAACCAACAUUCUUCACUAAUACUGCAGAGAAAAAUCCUAGAAGUCCUAUUGUUGGUGGAAGAAAUGAUUCUCUAAAUACCGUAACAAUUUCGACAAUGUGUGGUAGAUAA